AUGUCAUCGUCGGGUCGCAGCAGCAGCGGCAGCAACACCGUCUUCUCCUCCGAUCGCAGCGUCGCCAGCAGCGUCGCCAGCUGCUCCUCUGCGCGCGCCCUCCCCUCGUUCCCCCGACAAGCCGCCGUUGAUUCCGCCGCCCCUGAUUCUGCCGCGCCUGAUACCGCCGCGCCUGAUACUGUCAUUCCUGAUACCACCGUCCCUGGGUCCGCCCCGGCCAUCCCCCCGUGGGACAUCCGUGCGUCCCCCGCCGCGGGUAGCGCGGGCGUGCAGCAGGCGAACGGCGACGUGUUCAUCCCGUGGCCCGCCCACGUGCUGCUGAAUCCAUUCUGCGCGCGCACCACGCACCACCUGCCCCUCCACUCGCCCACUUUCUCCAUGGCGUCCAAUUCCUCCGCGCCCUCCUCCAACGGCCCCUCCCCGCUCGCCCCCUGGCACCACCCACAGCAGCAGGCGCAGCAGCCGUACCACCCGCAGCAGCAGGCCUUUCCGCCCCCCCACGGCCUCAUGCCGCCGCCCCAGCCACGCCCAUCACAGCAGCAAAACCACGUCUCUUUUCAGCUGCCGCAGCCUUCGCAGCAGCAGCAGCAGCAGGGGGGAGGCGACAUGGGCAUGGGCAUGGACAUGGAUCUGAGCAUUCAGCUGCCCGCACGGCGCUGGCCGCCCACCCUGGCAGCUGUCACUCCCGGCAGAAGUCUCACCGCCUCCGUGCUCGGCCGCGGCCCCACCCCCAACAUCCGCACGCUGUUCAACAUAGAGCGCAAGGCGCUGGGCGAGGGGCAGUACGGCAAGGUGUAUGUGUGCGUGGAGAAGGCGACGGGCGUGCGGUACGCUUGCAAGACCAUUGCGCGCAGCUCCCUCAUCUCCGUGGAAGACGUGGAGGACGUGCGCAUGGAGGUGAGCGUGCUGUUCCGGCUGCAGGGGCAGCCGAACGUGGUGCGAGUGCACUCGACGUACGAGGACCGGAGGGACAUCCACAUCGUGAUGGAGCUGUGCAGCGGGGGGGAGCUCUUCGAUGAGAUCAACCGCCGCUGCGAUGAGAUGACCGUGCCCUACAGUGAGCGCGACGCGGCGAAGCUGUGCAAGGCGGUGGUGCGGGCGGUGCACUCAUGCCACAGCAGCGGGGUGAUCCACCGCGACCUCAAGCCCGAGAACUUCCUCUUCUCCUCGCCCGGCGCCGAUGCCGUGCUCAAGGCCGCUGACUUCGGCAUGGCUGCCUACUUCAAACCCGGCGAGGGAUUCACGCGGGUGUGUGGCAGCUGCAUGUACAUGGCGCCGGAGGUGAUCCGCAUCUGGGAGAACCUGGGCAAGCAGCGCUACGGCCCGCCCGUGGAUAUCUGGGCCUGUGGUGUCAUCUUCUACAUCCUCCUCGCCGGCAACUACCCCUUCCUGCCGCAAGGCCCCGAUCGGUCGGAGAGGGCGUUCAGGCGGGUGAUACUGCAGCCGCAGCGGCUGUUCCGAGAGGCGGUGUGGGGGCGCAUAUCGGCGGACGCCAAGAGCCUCAUCGCCGCCAUGCUGCACCCCGACCCCGCCCUGCGCCCCACCGCACAGCAGGUGCUCGAGCACACGUGGAUAGUGCGGGCGCCGGACGAGCCGUUGGAGAAGGACGUGGUGGACCGCUUCAAGCAGUUCCUCUACGUCAUGCGCCUCAAGAAGGUCAAGAAGGUGGCGCUCAGGGCGAUGGUGGAGGGAAUGAGUGAGGAAGACAUCCGCGUGGUGCAGGGCGACUUGGGUCGCCAGGACCCCAACGCCACUGGAGUGGUGCCCAUCGAGGCGCUGCCCCACGCGCUGCACUCCCGUGGCUUCCAUGGGCCCGCUGACGCCGUCGCCAGCAUCAUCCACGAGAUCUGUCUGGACGGCAAGGUGGCGUUUGACUAUGCGGACUUCUUUGUGGCGCUGCUGCAGCUGUGCGGGGUGGAGCAGCAGGAGAACCUGUUCCAGGCCUUCUCCGUGUUUGACCAGGACCUGAGCGGGUACAUCAGCGAGGCGGAGCUGCAGCGCGCAUGCGAGAGGUACCGCGUCAACCGCCAAGUGGUGGAGGAGAUGAUGGCGGAGGUGAACCGCGAUGAGGCGGGGCGGGUGGACUACAACGAGUUUGUGGCGAUGAUGCGCAUGCAGGCGGGCGGGGUGAGCCGGCGAACCAUAGAGCGCCACAUGGACAAUGGCAGCAUCAAGGAGAUGGACCACGGGGGUGCAUCAGGGCCGUAUGAUGGGGACAGCGAUGACAUGCGCAGCGAUGCUGCCUGUGCUGCUGCUGAUACCGCCAGUGUUGGCAAUGGGGGCGGGUUCUGA